AUGGCGACGCCAACAUUCAUUCCAUUACUGGAUAAAGCAUCAGGCGAUGAUUUACUAUCAAGUGCCACUAGAAUCACUCCAGUACUCAUCCCAUCAGAACAGUCUGACAGAAUUACAUCCAUACCAAAAUCCUCAAAGUACUAUGUUUUAGUUAGAGAUGAUGAAGGUUUAGAUAAAGCUAUCAGCUACCUUGACAACGGUGCAUCAGCGAUCUUCGCAUCUCUCAAUUUGGCCGACAGCUGCAUCUCUGCAGGUGUACCAUCAGAGAAGCUCUAUGCCGUUGCAAACAACACAGAUAUUCCUGAGGAUAUUCUUAAAAAUGUUAAGGGUGCACUCAUAAAUAUUUCCAACACUGCCUCUACCACUCAGUUACCAAAGCCAAAAGUCACAUUCUACUUGGACGAAUCUAAGGCUCUCCCAUCUGAAAAGACAGUCGCUGAGUUACACAGCAGCAGAUCAGCAAUAGUCAUUCCACUCUCACAACUUACAAAUGAAUCAACCUCUUCAUCAAAGUUGAACAUUACAGAUGCAUUCUUGGCACCAAUCACAACCGACAGACCAGAUGGAUUAUUCGCAACUAUUGUUUCAUCUUACCUCCACGGUGGAAAGUCAUUAGGAUUGUGUUACUCAUCAAAGCAGUCAAUUGAGGAGUCCGUCAGAACAGGUAGAGGUGUAUACCAAUCACGUAAACACGGCUUAUGGCGUAAGGGUGAAACAAGCGGUGCAGUACAGGAUGUUGUCAAAAUCGAGUUAGAUUGCGACUCCGACUGUCUCAAUUUCGAAGUUGUCCAACAUGGUACUGGAUUCUGUCACUUGGACACACCAACCUGUUUUGGUCAAUUGAGCGGCUUAGCUGCAUUAGAAGAAACACUCGUUUCACGUCACCAAUCAGCACCUGAAGGUAGCUACACAAAGAGAUUAUUCAACGAUGAAACACUCCUCAGAUCAAAAAUUAUGGAGGAAGCUGAUGAGUUAUGCGCCGCACAAUCCAAAGAAGAUGUUGCAUUUGAAGCAGCUGAUUUGAUCUACUUUGCAUUAACAAGAUGUGUAAGCAAGGGUGUCAAAUUAGCAGAUAUUGGCCAUGCAUUAGAUAAGAAAGCUGCAAAGGUGUCAAGACGCCCAGGUAAUGCCAAGCCAAAAUACUUACAAGAAGCUCAAGCUAAGAAUUCACCUGCACCUGCACCAUCCACCACUCAACAACCACAACCUGUACAGUCUGGUAGUGAAAUGAUUAAAAUGCGUAGCACAAAACUCGAUACUGUCAGCCCUGAAGAGCGCUUACAAUUGUUGCGCAGACCUGUUCUCAACUCUGGUGCAAUGAUCGAGCGUGUCAGACCUAUCGUUGAAGGUGUCAGAGGGAAGGGUGAUAAAGGUUUAUUAGACUUCAUCUCUAAAUUAGACAAAGCAGAACUAAAGAUUCCAAUUGCACGUGCACCAUUCGAUGAACCAACAAUUCAACAAGAUGUUAAAGAAGCUAUUGACAUCGCUUAUGAUAAUGUACGCAAAUUCCACAUUGGACAAAUGGAGAAGGCACCACUAGUUGUCGAGACUAUGCCAGGAAUCGUUUGUCAGAGAUUCGCCAGACCAAUUAGCAGAGUUGGUUUAUAUGUUCCAGGAGGUACAGCAAUUUUACCAUCCUCAGCACUCAUGUUGGGUGUACCAGCGCAAGUUGCAGGUUGUAAAGAAAUCGUAUUAGCAACUCCACCUAAGCCAGAUGGAAGUAUAGCACCAGAAGUUCUAUAUGUCGCGAAGAAGGUCGGUGCUUCUGCAAUUUUGAAGGCAGGUGGUGCACAAGCCGUUGCAGCGCUCGCAUAUGGUACAGAAACAGUUCCAAAGGUCGACAAAAUUUUCGGUCCUGGUAACCAAUGGGUCACAGCUGCUAAGAUGUUCGUUUCAAACGAUGCUGAUGCCCAAGUUGCAAUUGAUAUGCCAGCUGGUCCUUCAGAAGUGCUGGUCAUUGCUGAUAAAUCAGCUAAUGCCGCUUAUGUCGCUAGUGACUUGUUGUCACAAGCCGAGCACGGUGUUGAUAGUCAAGUCGUUUUAGUUACAGUAGGUCUCAAUGAGAAGGAAAUCGCAGAUAUCGAGAAGGAGGUAGAUGAACAAGCAAGAAAGUUACCACGUGUUGACAUUGCCAGAGUAUCCGUUUCUAAGAGUUUGAUUGUCUCCACCGGUGAUGUCAAGACUGCAUUCGAUUUCUCAAACGACUACGCUCCAGAGCACCUUAUUCUUCACCUCGAAAAGGCUUCAGAGAAGGUAGAAUUAGUUGAAAAUGCGGGUAGUGUAUUUGUUGGUGAAUUCUCUCCAGAAAGCUGUGGUGACUAUGCUUCCGGUACUAAUCACACACUUCCUACUAACGGAUUCGCUAGACAGUACAGUGGUGUAAACACACUCUCAUUCCAAAAGCACAUUACUUCUCAAGAACUCACUAAGGAAGGUUUGGAUAAGUUAGGACCAGUAGUUGUUACAUUAGCCGAAUGCGAGGGAUUGCGCGCUCACGCUAACGCUGUAAGAGUGAGACUUGGAUUGCAACCACCAAAGUAA